AAUAAACCAAGUACGGUGAUCGAGUCGUUGCGGUGCGUUCGCGGUCCUUACCUUCGACCUUCCUAUACCCACAAUAUAAUAUAGAUCAGUUCGUUGGUCGUUGGUGUACAUUUCGAGUUCGGGGCGCAACAGUCUUCCGUCGAAAAUCGUGCACGCGGGUCGUCCCUCUGUACGAUAUUGCUGUACACAUAUAAAUUAAUUAUUAUUUAUUAUCGUCUGCAGGGCAUAACAUAAUAUUAUACUACAUCGGCUGAGGCCUAUAUGUAAAUUUAAGGCGGUGCAUAUCAUAUCGAGAUCGAUCAUCAUUAUAUACCUAGACGGCACGCAAUAUACUUCGUCGUCGCGCCAGUACCUAUAUAUUUAUAAUAAAAUGUCAGUCGGCGACUUGAACUUUACAACGGCCAAGCCGUUAGACGUCAACAGGUAUGCAACCAAAAAAACCAUUGCUCAGGGGAUGUUGGACAUCGCCUUAUUGACGGCCAACGCAAACCAACUGAAAUACAUCCUCCAAGUGGGCGAGAAACACGAGUUCUACAAGCCUCUGUUGGUACUGAUAGCUACGUCUAUAUUUUUACAAGUGUUCAUGGGAAUGAUAUUUCUAUCACUAAACCUGCUUCGGGACUGUCGUUUCCAUUUGAUCGAGUACAAGACGUCGUCGCUGUUCAUCAAUCAAGUGCCGGUCGUGUGCACGUUUAUGGUUUUCACGAUCAACAUAAUAAUAGGAGCUUUCGAUUCCGGGCUAGCCAGCAUCGUACCGACAUCAACAUUCAACGCGCCGUCCAUCCCGCCCAUCGGGUCAAAUUGACAUAUUAUGUACCUUAAUAUAACGAUUACAAAAAAAUAAAAAUUGACAAACAAUAUACAAUACUACACAUGUAUCUAUCUAUUAAACGACAAAAAUUUGAUUUAAUUAAAUAUGUAUUCUCAAGUUCAUAACAACUCGACGGUUUAUAGCCUAUAUAUAGGUAUAAAAAAUAAAAUUGUAAGAAAUGGUGACCGUGGUACGCACCGUAUGAGUCACAUAGAGUUAUAUUACUCUACGUACCGACUAGCUAGACCAUUAUAUUGAAUUAUACGGGUGGGUCACUGGGUUUAUAUUGUGCAGACGACUGUCAACGCGUAGUUAUAUUUCGAAAAAUACUAUACAAAUACAAUAUAUUACUAUAUUAGGUACUUUAAUGCUUAUUAUAUUAUUAUUAUUUGGGAAUAUAUAAAUCAAGAAAUGUUCAAAUAGUAAUGUACUUUUGUAUGAAAAUUAUCGUUUAGAAUAGAAACUUAUUGAGGAAUGAUAUU